AUGGAUGCUGAAAGUCAAGUAAACAUAACUCCAAUGGAGGAUUGGGCGAAUUCUUCUAGACUUGCUUGUGAAUUCUCAAACUGCCGCAACAACAACUUUCCAGACCUGGAGGACCGCACCAAGCUGGUGGGAGUGCAAGUGAUCCUCAUCUUGGCUUACAGCACCAUCAUACUGUUCGGAGUCAUCGGAAACUCCCUGGUGAUAUACGUGGUGUACAAGUUCAAAACUCUGCACACCGUCACCAAUUUUUUCAUCGUGAACCUGGCUGUGGCGGAUCUGCUAGUGAAUACUCUAUGUUUGCCCUUUACUUUGAUCAAUACUCUCCAUGGGGAGUGGAGGUUUGGCCAGGCAUUGUGCUUCAUGCUGCCCUUCUCCCAAGGCAUGGCCGUGCACGUUUCCACCAUCACGCUCAACAUCAUCGCCCUGGACCGCCACCGGAGCAUCGUCUACCACCUGGAGACCAAGAUGUCCAAGGAAAUGUGCGCCGCUGUCAUCAUCAUGACGUGGGCCAUAAGCGCAGUCCUGGCCAGCCCGCUCGCCAUCUUCCGGGAGUACGGGACGUUUGACCUUUCGCCCGAGCAGUCCAUUCAGGUUUGCACGGAAAAGUGGCCAGGGAGCGGCAUGGACGGGACCAUCUAUAGUAUCUCCAUGCUCCUGCUCCAGUACUGCCUGCCGCUGGCCAUCAACUCCUUCGCUUACAUCCGCAUCUGGAGUAAGCUGAAGAACCACGUGAGUCCGGCAGGGAGGAACAACCGCCACCAGCGCAAGAGGAAGACCACUAAGAUGCUGGUGAUCGUGGUGGUGGUGUUUGCAGUGAGCUGGCUGCCUCUCCAUGCCUUCCAGCUGGCCAUUGACAUUGACAACAGUGUCUUGGAAAUGAAAGACUUCAAGCUGCUUUUCACCAUGUUCCACAUCGUGGCCAUGUGCUCGACCUUCGUCAACCCUAUCCUCUAUGGGUGGAUGAACAACAACUACCGGGCUGCGUUUCUGUCUGUGUGUAAGUGCAGCCAACCUGUCAAUUCUGGGUCGAGGAACAUCAUGAGCAGAAAGACACUGAGGGAAAAAGACAUGAGCGAUACAGAUUUCAAAGCGACUAAAGUCUGA